AUCAUGCUGCCAAAGAAGUACGGUUCAACUGAAGGGGCAAACACUGGAGCCUCGCCAACACCCAUUCGCUGCUACAACUGCAACUCUUUGGGCCACGUGGCAGGGGAGUGCCGCAAGCCCAAGCGCGAAAGAGGAGCGUGCUACGGAUGCGGCAGCAUGAGUCACCAGGUGUCACACUGUGACGAAAAGAAGUACAAGAUUGCCUCAUCGACUCAGGUAGCCCAAUAAGUUUUAUAAAGUUAUCAUGUCUAG